AUGAAAGUUCGACUCCCCAAAGUAUCUCCCAUACUUUCAGGAGCUUCCAAACCCUGCAUUGUCCCCCCCCGACGCUUCUGCUCAACCGUCUUCCAAAACCCCCGCUCUAGCUAUAGCACCGACAUCACCUCCCAAUUACAACGAGGCGUGGAAGCUACAGAAGCUCCGGCCCCAGCGAUACCCAGCCCCAGAUGGCUGAGUGAUAUGAAAGCCAGAAUAGGCAAAUGCAUCAUAUUUGGACUAAACAGCGAGCAGACGCGCGUGGCCGGCGGGGUGCUCCGAUCCUUGGGCGAGGACUGGAGGGAUCUUGUUGCUGGGCGGGAGGGUUUUCUGGUUGACAAGAAGAGAGCGGGGAUGUUAAGACAGCAGGUCGUGUGGGGGGAGCAGGAUAGUAUGUCGCACGUUAACAAUGUUACCUACGUCCGAUGGGCCGAGAGUGCGCGCAUCAACUGGGCCUAUAACUAUGCCCUCCAUGCUGAUCCGGAACAUAAAAACGAAUGGUGCGAGCUAUGGACACCAAGAGGAAAUGGGCUCAUUUUGAGGAGCAUCAGGACGGAUUACAAAUUCCCGAUGACCUGGCCGGACCACAUUUCCGUCUUCCACAAGCUACGCAGCUUGCCUAGUCCAACCGACUCACAUUUCGUCCUCGACGUCAUGAUUCUAUCCGAAUUACACCAGAGACCGGCCGCGAGGUGCGUAGAGGACAUCGUUGUUUACGACUAUCUCCAAGGGAGGAAGACGGCUAUUAUCCCCUUCAUGAUGGACGCCUUCCUCCGUACGUGGGAGGAACAGGAGAAGGAGAAGCAGAGGGUUACACAGCAAAUUUCCAUGAUUGAGGGAAUCGUUGGAAAGCUAGAGAACGAGAGUUGGAAUAGGCCUGACGCGAAGGAAGAUAUGGGGGGCCCGAAAUCGAAAUAA